GCAUAUACAAUCUUUCCCUCACUCUAAACAACAAGAAGAAGGAGAACUCUUUUGCAAUUUAAUUUUUUUUUUGGGGGGGGAUGGCAACAAAAGAGAACGGGAAGAAGGUGUUGCCGGAGGAGGAGCAUCCUCGGAAGGCGUUUGGAUGGGCUGCCAGAGACUCAUCAGGCAUUCUCUCUCCCUUCUCUUUUUCAAGAAGGAGUAAUGGAGCUGAAGACGUGACGAUAAAGAUACUGUACUGUGGUAUUUGCCACUCUGACCUCCAUAGCAUCAAGAAUGAGUGGGGAAAUGCUAGGUACCCACUGGUUCCAGGACACGAGAUUGUUGGCGUCGUCACUGAAGUAGGAACAGAUGUCAACAAGUUCAAAGUCGGAGACAAGGUGGGGGUCGGGUGCAUGGUUAACUCUUGCCGCUCUUGCCACAGUUGCAAGCAAGACUCAGAGAACUACUGCCCCCAGAUGAUACUCACUUACAACUCCGCUGACAAAGACGGCACGAUGACUUACGGUGGCUAUUCCAACAUGCUGGUGGUCAACGAGCACUUUGCCGUCAAAAUCCCUGAGAACUUGCCAUUGGAUAAGGGCGCGCCUCUGUUGUGUGCCGGAAUCACAGUGUAUACCCCGAUGAAGCUGUUCGGGCUUAAUGAGCCCGGGAAGCACAUUGGGGUUGUUGGGCUUGGUGGGCUCGGUCAUGUUGCUGUGAAGUUUGCAAAAGCUUUUGGGAUGAAGGUGACGGUGAUUAGCUCGACGAAGAGUAAGGAGAAGGAGGCUAUUGAAAGCUUGGGAGCUGAUUCGUUUAUUGUCAGUAGUAAUCCUCAGCAAAUACAGGCUGCGAUGGGCACCAUGGAUGGUAUAAUCGACACUGUAUCAGCGGUUCACGCAAUAAUGCCAUUGAUCUUUCUGCUGAAAGCACACGGUAAAAUGAUUCUUGUGGGUUUACCCGACAAGCCAUUCGAGCUCCCCGCCUUUUCCCUGAUCUUGGGUGGCAAAAUUUUGGCUGGGAGUGCAAUGGGGGGCUUGAAGGAUACGCAAGAGAUGAUAGAUUUUGCCGGCAAGCACAACAUAACUGCAGAUAUUGAGCUUAUUCAGAUGGAGGACGUGAACAAGGCUAUGGAGAGGCUAGCCAAAGGAGAUGUCAAGUAUCGCUUUGUGAUCGAUGUGGCCAAUUCGAAGAUUGAUGGUUUAUGCAUCUGAGGAGUCAGUUUCAUGGAUUGCUCGAUGUUGGUUGUUCUACAUACUCUCUGUGAGGGGGGUGGGGGGUGGGGGGUGGGGAGUUUCUCGAUAUAGUCGUCGUAAUGAGAUGGUUAUUAUAAUAUGAAUGCAGAAAGACUACUGUUGGAGUAUUGUCAAAGUUUGUAAUAUGUAUUGGAGUUUGUUUAAUAUACAAUGUGAUGAGAUGCGCAUUCUGUCA